AUGAGGCGUUCUUUGCUCUGGCUAGGCCUGCUGUUGCAGGCAGCCACUGUAUUCUGUGUCGACGAGCAAAAGGUCUUGAACGAUUACGAAAAGAGUCACGACAGCGACGAAGGGAAGCAUGCGAAAAUACAAACGGAUGUUAUCCCGGAACACCACACCCCACCUCCGAGGCAGCCCGGAGCGGACUUGGUCGAACUCGCCAUCGAACAACUGAUUAAGCUUCCACCCCGAACCUACCCGAGACGUGAACGCCGCUAUACUGUUGUCUAUACCGUGCUCCGAUAUGCCCUCAAAGUCGUGCCCAGCCUGAAGGCUACGCCUGUUCCUGGUAGCCACCAGACACAGGAGACCAAGGUUACAGGUCCGCUGUUGGAGGCUGUGAAGCUGCUAGAACAGUCUGCUUUGCAAAAUAACACGGACGCGCUGUACCUUCUCGCGGAGAUGAACUUCUAUGGCAACUACACCUACCCGAGAGACCUCAAGGUCGCUUUCGAUCAUUACCAUACCCUCGCGACGGUCCACGGAAACCGCACGGCACAGUACAUGAUUGGCCUUUACUAUGCAACUGGCAUUGGCCAUGUUGUUGCUCCCGACCAGGCAAAGGCGCUACUCUACUACACUUUCGCAGCGAUGCAAGGCGACACGCGCGCGGAAAUGGCCGUUGGCUACCGUCAUCACAGCGGCAUUGCGACGCCGAAGAAUUGCGAAGCUGCGAGCAAGUACUACAAGAGAGUUGCGGACAAGGCAAUGGACUGGUAUCGUUCGGGCCCACCCGGUGGAAUGGCUUGGGUGGUCGAGUCGUACCGUAUCGCUGAUGAGCUUGGCGGAGUCUACGGUGAGGGUGCUAGCGCGUCGAGUGCCGGUAUGAACGCUAUCAAAGUAAGCCCCAACUCCGACGCAAACGCCGCCAUUGACGAUGUGAUUGAGUACCUCGAUCUCAUGUCGCAAAAGGGCGACGCAAAGGCAUCUUAUAACCUGGGAAGAAUCUACUACGAGGGGCAGAGGGGUCUCGACCGGGACCUGGACCUUGCUCGCAAGUACUUCUUCACUGUGGCGAAACGGUACUGGCGUAAGGACGGCCGUAUCAUCGAAAACCAUAAGCAGGGUAUUGAGAAGACGGCGAGCAAGGCGGCUGGCUUCAUUGGCCGCAUGUACCUGCGUGGUGAUGGUGUCGACCAGAGCUUUGAUCAAGCAAAAAGAUGGUUCGAGCGCGGCAUCUCUCACGGGGAUGCCCAAUCCCAGCAUGGCCUCGGUCUCAUGAUGCUUUACGGGUACGGGACGCCAAAGAAUGUUGCCAUGGCCACCGAUCUCUUUAAGGCAGCGGCGGAACAGGACUACGCUCCAUCUCAGAUCGAAUUGGGCGUGCUCUACCUGGACCAGGGUGGGGCAGAGGACGUCCGUAUUGCAAAUAACUACUUCGAGCUUGCCGCCAGAUACGGCCAGAUUGAGGCUCACUACUAUCUCGCAGAGAUGGUAUACAACGGCGUAGGCCGCGACAAGACGUGCGCGAUGGCUUUGGGCUACUACAAAAACGUUGCCGAAAAGGCCGAGCCGCUUGUUUCCUCGUGGGCCGAGGCGAACCAAGCCUACUACUACGGCGAUGAGGAGCUCGCUUUCUUGGAAUACGUCAUGGCAGCAGAGCAAGGCUAUGAGCGCGCGCAAAACAACGUCGCUUUUAUUCUUGACCCUGUCCAGUCGCGACUUCCACUGCCCGACUGGCUGCCGCUUCCUGAGUGGUUCGGUCUUCAGCAACACACCCGCCCUAACCUACUCAACAACCCUAGACUCGCCCUCAUGUACUGGACGAGGUCAUCUAGGCAGUCAAACGUGGACUCUCAGGUCAAGAUGGGCGACUACUACUUCCACGGAAUUGGUUCCGAGCCGGACGUAAACAAGGCCGUUCAGUGUUAUACGGGCGCCUCGGAUUACUCGCAGAGUGCCCAGGCCCUCUGGAACCUCGGUUGGAUGCACGAAAAUGGCAUUGGUCUGACCCAAGACUUCCACUUGGCCAAGAGAUACUACGACCAAGCACUCGAGGUCAAUGAAGAGGCUUACCUCCCCGUCACCUUGAGCUUACUGAAGCUGCGCCUCCGAAGCGCAUGGAACACGUUCACUCACGGCCCGAUUCACUCCAUUCAAGACGAUCCUAGCACAUUAGAACCAAAGAAGGACUGGUCGCUCAGCGAGUGGAUUGCCAACUUCCUGCAAGACGACCAAUUGUUCUAUGACGACCCGUACUACGAAGACAUAUUCGAUGACACCAUCGGCGGGACGGGCCCAGACGGCGUGCCACUGGAGGACGACGGCAUCGCCGAGAGCCUCAUCAUCGUCUUCCUUGCUCUGUCCCUGGUGCUCCUUCUCUACUACAGGCAGCAGAGGCAGCAGCAGCAUCGACGGGAGGAGGAGGCGCAGAGACUUCAACAGCAGGGGCAGCAGGGUCAACCUGCCGCGGCUCAACAGCAAGACCAGGGUCUUUUCCCUCCACCUGGCAACCCGGAUUGGAACAACUGGGUCGCUGGCGGUAUUGGACAUUGA